AUGUCUCUCGAAAGUAAUGUUACGAAUUUAAAAUGCGUCAUAACUGCAUGUAGACGUCCAGCAAAUGUAUUAUGUUAUUGUUGUAAAGAAAAUCUUUGUCGAAAUCAUUAUAAUGAACAUGAUUAUCUUAAUUCAAAAUUAAAUCUCUUAGUUGAUGAAAUUGAUACAUUUGAUAAACAAUUAUUAGCAAUUGAUUUAAAAAAAUAUAUUCAAACUUCUACUGACAAACUUCAACAAUGGCGUUUUGAUAGUUAUAAAACAAUUGAUCAAUAUUGUGAUCAAAAAUAUCGUGAAAUUGAACAAUAUAUUAUGAAAAUAAUCAAUCAAAAACGUGAAAAUGUUGAACAACUUCGUACAAAUAUAGUUGAACUUAUGCAAAAACAUCGAAUGACACUUGAAUUAAUUGAAUCAUUAACAUUAAAUCUUCGUACAAUUGAAAAUGAAAUGAAUGAUAUUGAUCAAAAACAUCUUUCACUUCGUACAUCACCAUUAAUAUUAGAUAGAGAUUUAAUUCAUAUUGAUGAAUUAUCAAUAGAAGAAUUUGAUCUUAGUUCAUUAUCAGCAGCAUAUAAAACUAUUGAUUAUACACGACAAGGUUUAUAUCCAAUAGCAAGUAAUAAUCAAUAUUUAUUAAUACAUCGAGAACCAAAUUUAUGUUUAAUUGAUCGAAAUUUUAAAAUAAUAAAACAAACAAUAUGGGGUCAUGGACAAAUAUUUGAUAUGUGUUGGUCAUCAGCAUUAGAGAAAUUUUUUCUUAUUACACUUAAUCAAAUUUAUAUAUUUGAUAUUAAUACAAUAUCUAUUGAUCGUGUAGAAGCAACACAAAAAUUACGUUGGCUUUCUUGUACAUGUUCAGAUGCAUCAUUAUUUUUAUCAACAAAUGAAAAUGGUUCAUCAAUAUGUGAAUUUAAUUUAUUAAAUUCAUUACAAGCAGCUAAAAGAUGGGAAACACCAGAUACAUGUUCUAGAGAUGAACGUAUUCAUGAUAUGGUUUUUAAUAAAGGAACACUUUUUUUAGUUAUUGAAAAUUCAUUAACAGAUAAAAUUCGUGUAGAAUUAAGAUCAUCAGCAAGACUUGAUCGUUUAUGGUCACUUCAAUUAGAUAUUGGUUAUCAAACUAAAAAAAUAAGUUGUUGUUUACUUAAUUAUGAUCAAUGGUUAAUUACUGAUAGUAAUACAUCACGUCUUUUUCAAAUAACAAUGGAUGGUAAACUCAAAUCUACAUGUUAUUAUAAUCCAACACCUUGUUCUGCUUGUCGUUUUGGUUUCGAUUUAUUAGCUAUAUCAACACUUCAUGGUGUUGAUAUACAUAAAAUUUAA